GUGUUCAGUUUUGCUUCAUGACGAAUGGUAAAGAAACACCGCAGGUGAUCGGCGAGCUUGAUAACAAAAAUAUACCCGACAAAUUCUAUAAAAUCUGCCGCUUUACGGAUCAAAAAUGCCUUCUUUAUGACAGAUAAGGCAUCAAGUAUGUAGGCGAAAUAUAUUCAAUAAGGGCGAAUUAUUUUGCAACUGGUCUGUUGUUGUUUUGUGAACUAUUAUUGACAACAAAUACAACGUUUCCUUUAACUCCUCUCUGCAAGGAAGAAAACAAUAGGCCUUGGGUAUUACAAAAAUCCUCCAAUAUAUAAUUAUUACGAAUCAUGGAUCUACUCUUCUAUGUAAUCCUUAUUGUGGUAAUAGUUCUGAAGUUGGUGUUCUGGAUAUUCUAUUUCUAUGCAAAAAAUAGACGAAGACAGCAGUUAAUGCAGCUGAGAAAUGGAGUUGAACAACUAUCUGAUGGAACUAGACAAUAUGAAGAAGAGCCUGCUGUUCCACAGCCAGCUUACAUGUUCACUCAAUAUCCAUUUGGACCAGAUGUCCCAGCUACUUUCCUUGUUCCACCUGAAUAUGCUGUAGAGGAUCCUAUAAAAACUGACAUACCUCCUCCACCAUACAGUGUGGAUACUGUGGCACAAGAGGAAUCUGAAAUAGUGGAUGAUAGUGACACUACACAACUAGUAACCAAUUGUGAAAAUUGACUUUAUUAAAUAGGUAUUGUAAGUUAUCUCUUCACUCAAGGUAUUGUAUUAUAUUUUCACAAGCAUAUCUGCUAGUAUUAAGGUGGAUGGAUAAGUGCAACGCUAUUAAUAUUAUCCCCUGAGCUAGCACUUGCACCAAUUGGUCUCAUACGUCACCAGAAAACUACAUUAAUGCAGACCUGACAUUGGUUACUUGGUCAAUAUUUUAAGAUUAAACAAGCAACAGCAAGGGUUCCAUUUUCUCCUUGGAGCAUUCACUUCAAUUAUUCUAUACUUCCAUUAAUUCACAUUAUGCAAAUUAAGUAUUUUGUGCAAUGAGACCAAAAAGGGUCCUUUAACCACCAUGCUAUAGAAACAAAUUAUUUCAUUUGAAUCAAACCAACACAGUAUUGACAUUUAUAACAUAAUUUCAAACCACUAAUAAAACAAAAUAUGGUUAAAGUGCAAGUGAACCCUUUGACAAUACUUUCAGUACUGAUUCUACAUGAAGUA